CUACUAAGUACCUAUAAACUAACCUUAAACUACGACUACCACACAAUGGAAGCAACUUCUACUACAGAAGCUCUACUGCGUAAGCUUCAGGAGUUGCACUACAUUGUACAUGACCCUUUAUUGGGUAAUUUAGAGAACGACAAGUACUUUGAAAAUGCUCCUAAAUAUACAUCACUUGAACAAGUAUUCAAAGCUAAUGACUUAAAGGAUUCAUUAUUAAGAGGUAUAGAUAAGUAUAUGUUUCGUCCUACCCCACUCAAACGGAAGUAUGAAGAUGAGUUAGUAAGUCCACCUGUAAAAAUAGCCAAGACAGAAUCAUCUAAACCUUCAGUAAGACAUAAUAAAUCUGCUGUAGAAUCACUCCAAACUCAAGAUGAAUUAGAUGAACAACAACUUAAUGAAUUCCUUCAAAAAGAUAUUAAAACCCUUGAAAUCCUAUCAGUACCAGAACAUUAUCCUACCAAACCUCAUACGGUAUCGUCAUUGGCUGAAUUAUAUUAUUUAACUCAAACUCUUCCCUUAACUAAAUUACUUCCUGGAAGUCAUAAAGUAUUAGUAACUGAUAAUUUUGAACUGGCACUUUUAGAAGGAAAGAUUGCUGUAUUAUAUUCAAGAAUCGAAGAAUUAAAACGUCAAGGUAAAUGGUCACUUCGACAACCACAAAAGUUUUAUGAUCCUUUCUCAUAUAAGAAGAAGACAAAGAAGAAUACUUUCCAUUGGGAUAAUUUAUUACAUGAAGCUAAAUGGAUGGCAGAAGACUUUAAAGAAACCACCAAGUUUAAGAAAUUUUGUUGUGUUAUGAUAGCAAAUGCAAUUGAAGAGUAUUGGAUAAAGGGUAAAGAAGUAUGUAUUAAUCGUAAACCAAUUCGUACUUUGGAUGAAGUAAAUGAUAUAGAAAUACCUACGGUUGAAGAAGAACCAACUAUAGAUGUUGAUCAACUAUUGGCCCCAUCUGAAUCUGAAGUUACUACCAUUCCACCAGUUACCACCACCACUACCACCACCACCACCAUUACCAAAAGACAUUCAGGACCAUUCAAACCAUAUAUAGACAUGAAUGAAUUUAAGAAAAUUGAUCAAUCAAUCAUUAAGAACUUACCGAAAUUCACAGCCUUUGAUGAUCCUGCUAUACCUAAUCCUGUUCUUAAACCUCAUGAUACUCCAUUAGCUGCUGUAUCUCGAUUACUUCAUCCCUUUGAAGAUGAUGAUGAUUGGUAUAAGAUUAUCUUAAAGGAGCCUAUUAAAACUCGUACUCUGGGACCACCAGAAUAUCAAAAGGGACUCUUUGGAUUUCAAUCUCAUCGUAAAUUCAAUCCAUUAAAACCUCCUAAACCUCCAUUAAUUAAGAAUAUCGAAUAUAGAUCUCCAACCAUUUGGUUACCUCAAGAUGAUAAAUAUCUUAUUCAUUAUGUUGCUGAAUUUUGUUUUAAUUGGGAAUUGAUUUCGGAACAUUUAUCUGCUUCGAAUUCUUCAUCGAGUUUAAAGAAAUAUGAAUCUAAUAUUGAAAGAAGAACUCCUUGGCAAUGUUUUGAAAGGUAUAUUCAAUUGAAUGAAAAGUUUCAAUUUAGUGAUAUGAAAGGGUUAUAUGCUUAUCAUGCUCAACAAUGGUUAGAACAAGCUCAUCGAGCUCAACUGACAACUAAACGAAGAAUAUCUCCUUUAGGGGUUGGAGCUGAAUCCAUUCAAAGAGGUCAUAGAAGAUUAAGAUGGGGUUCAAUGUUUGAUGCUAUGAGGAAAGCUAUGAAGAAACGUGAAUUGGCUAUAGCUAAAACUAAUAGUCAAAGACGUCCAACUACUGAUUAUUCCUCGAAUAAUUCUGCCCCAAAUCAAAUCUCUAAUAAUAAUAAUAAUAAUACCACUCCGGGACAAGUUAAAAGAAAUGUCGAUAGAGUACCUAGUCCAGCGGAAUUAUCGAAAUUGAAAUAUGAAAGAGAUAAAUCGAUUCAAGAAGCAUACUUGAAUCAACAAGCUACUAGAUCUCGUAUGAUGGCUGCUGUAGCUCAACAACAAAAGACUCAACAAGGUAUGGUUGGUGGUGCCAGACCUCCACCAACUCAACCAGGUCAACAAUCAUCAUCUCAACCGGGUCAAGCUCCAUCCCAAACUCCAGUUCCAACAAAUGGAAAUGGAGCGGUAUCACAAUCUCAACCAGGUCAAGGACAAGGUAGAAUAGGUUCUAGUAAAUCUGAUGGAUCUAAUAGUACUCAAUCCUUACCACAACUGCAACUGUCAACUCCUGUUAUUGCUAAUGCUCCUAUCAAAAGACCCACUACGCCAAAUGGUACUCCAUACACGGCUGAACAAAUUCAACAACUCUUACAAUUCCAAAAACAAAGACGAUAUAUGCAACAGCAACAACAAUUACAACAACAGGGUAAGCAACUGGGUCCAGGAGGUCCAGUUUCUGUUGCAGGUAAUUCAGCCAAACUUAAUACUGGGCUCACCCCUAAUGCUAAUGUUCCAUUACAAAACCAACCUAUUGUACAAGCACAACAACAGGGACAAGGACCUAACAAAAGUCCUAUGAUGAAUGUUCCAUCGACUGCCAAUAGUCAAAAGCCUCGUAUUCAUUUUGCUCCUGCCCAAGUUUCGGCUAUUAUCAAUUCCAUUCAACAGAAGAAUCCUAACUACAGUAAAGAACAAGUCACUAAAUUGGCAGCACAAUAUCUUGCCAAUCUUCAGCAACAGCAACAGAACCGAUUCAACCAACAACAACAACAACAGCAGCAGCAACAACAACAGAAUCGACCUCUGAAUGCAAAUAGUCAGUACAUGUCUUCAGCCAGUGCUUCUCCAGUAAUGAAACAACAACAACAACAGCAACAGCAACAGCAAUUGGCCAACUUAUCACCUCAGGAUAGAAACCAAUUGCUCAUGAUGAAGAAUAAGGCCAAUCCGCCUACCCCACAGCAAUUGCAACAGCAAUUACACCAGCAGCAGCAAUUACAACAAUUACAACAAGCACAACUUCAACAGCGAGCUAUGGGAGCUGAUGGGAAUAGUAUCUCUAAGAUAGAGUAUGAGCGUAGGAAGCGAUUGCUUAUCCAGAAACAGCAGCAGCAGCAGCAACAACAGCAACAACAGCAACAGCAGCAGUAGUGAAUAGUUUUUACUGAGAGUCCGCUAGAUGCCGCGCCAUACCGCCGCCUCCCUCCCCGUAGUGUAAGUACGCGUAGCGAAAAAAAAUAUAUGCCAGU